AUGGCACCGCCGCGACAGAGCAACGUCCGCCGACGUGAGACUUCAACAGGCGACUUCCACGAGCUUGGCGUGAAGGGACGAAAGACUGGAAUUGAAUUGCCCGACACCGGCGCACGCGACGAACAUGGCAUGCAGCCGAUCGACGGGCUGUUUUCCUCGCCAGAGAAGGACAAUGGAUCACCCAGCGAUGAAAUGACGCGCGGCGAGCAGGACAUGGAGCUCGAAUCGGAAUCCGGCCCUGGACCUGCGUCUAUCAUGAAGAACCACCCCCGCCUUGUACCCCGAGGAAUGUCGCCGCGCAAGACGAAUCUCGGAUCGCCUGCGAUGCGGCACCCCAGCUUCGGUCCCUCGUCAUCGCCGACCAGGUUGUCACCUCAUCGAGGGUCGCCUCCCCCAUCGCAGUCCAACCGCGGUGGGUCGGUAUCUCGCCGACUCGACUAUGGGGGUUCCGGUGCCGAACUGGGCGGCAGAUACCCGAACGGAACGAAUGGUCGCACGCUCUCGACGGCGGAUGAAGAAGACGAGGAUGACGAGCAGGCCGCGUUGCAGGCGCGGAACGGAUCUCCCACAGAGAACGGGGACGAGGAGUCGAUGCAAAUGGUCGGCAUGGACGGCGGUGACGAACCCGAGCCCGAGCCCGAGUCGGAGCCGGAACUGCCGGAGCCUGAAGAAGAUGUUGAGGAGUCUGAAAUCGAGGCGCCAAAGCAGCCUGCCAAACGCAGAGGCCGUCCACCCAAGGCCAAACUGCCCGUUGAGGAGGAGGCGGCCGAGGAGGUACCUGCAGGAUCGGGUAACGAGUCGGAAGAGCAGGCACCCAUUAAACGGAGAGGCCGUCCGCCCAAGGACAAGGGUAAGGCCAAAGCAGACGCGCCCGAACCGGAGCCCGAACCAGAAGCCGCCGCCGCCCCCAAGCGCAGACGUCCACGGAACUCCGACGCAACCGAGGCGGAGCAGGAAGAAGCCGACGACCGCUCGUCCAAAAGGCAACGGACGGAGGCCGCGAAGCCUACGGCCGGGAAGCGCGGACGACCCAAGGCCGUUCCCCAAGAGGAAGAGGGCGAGUCGUCCAAGACUGCCAAAGCCGACUCCAAACUCAAGGCCGGCCCCAAGGGCAAACCUGGCCGCAAACCGAAGGCCGCCGUUGGCGACGACUCGAUUCUGGGCGUGGUGCAAAAAGGACCACCCAUGCCCAAGGCGCGCGGCCUCGUCUCGCAAAAGCGACAGCAGGACCCCCACGCAAUCACUCAGACGCGAUCCGGCCGCCAGUCGUUCCGACCGCUCGCCUUCUGGAAGAACGAGCACGUCACUUACGACGAGGACGAGGCCUUUGAAGAUGGCAAGAAGGGUGGCCGGUUUCUGCUGCCUAGCGUCAAGGAAGUCGUCCGCGUCGAGGAGGAAGAGCGGGAGGCGCGGAAAAACAAAAAGGCAAAGGGCCGCAAGCCCACGGCCAAGGGCAGAAGGCGGCAGGCCGACUCGGACGACGAGGAGGAGGAGCCCGAAGCGUGGGAACAGGAUCCCGGCAGUAUCGAGGGCGAGAUCGUCGUCUGGCUGCCGGAGCACGAGUUCAACCCGCCAGCGAUCAACGAGCAGGUUGAGAUUGACGAGGACCGCAUCGCCGUGGCGGCGGGCGCCAUCCAGACGCGCGAUAUCCGGGAUGCGACGUUUCGGUUUGCCAAGACGCUCAGCCUGCCCUUUUUCGGGUCCGGCGUCGUCGACCUCCCGCCGGGUGCAGAGAAGCGACCCAAGAAUUCGCGCAAGAUGCAGAUGGUCUUUUUCGUGUUCCAAGGCAAGGUCCUCGUCACUGUCCACGAGACACAGUUCAGAAUUAGUGCCGGCGGAAUGUGGUUCGUGCCGAGAGGCAACUACUACAGCAUCCAUAAUGACUAUGACGCACCCGCGCGUAUCUUCUUCGCCCAGGGUUGCGAGGUCAGCAACGGCUUGGCGCAAGGGGCUGGCGGCUCUCAGGACACGACCAUCAUGGGUUGA